GUACUUGGCUGAUUAAGUUGGAGAGAUUCAACUACUAAAAUUCGAUGGUUGAUUUAAAAAACAACAAUGAAGACGUAAUCGAAUAGAAGCGCGUAAUUUUGACGUUGCGUGUAGUUCUGUCGUGUGUGAUGCGUUCAACAUCACCCAAAAGGGCCAAAAACAAAUUAACCAACCCAACCCACGUCACCAAACUCCCAACAACACAGUUUUUUUUUCUUCCUUUCUAUAUCUUUUUGUUUUUCUCUCGACAAAUUUUUAUUAUAAAAACCAAACUCUCCUCAAACGAAAUCUACAUCAAUUAGUACUUUGCUUCUUAACUGAUAACCAUGUCUCAGACUGUUGUUCUCAAAGUUGGUAUGUCAUGUGAAGGAUGUGUUGGAGCAGUGAAGAGAGUUCUGGGAAAAUUGGAUGGUGUGGAAUCAUAUGACAUUGAUUUGAAGGAACAGAAAGUGGUAGUGAAAGGAAAUGUCGAGCCAGACACAGUUCUGAAGACAGUUUCCAAAACCGGGAAGCCAACCGCCUUCUGGGAAGGUGAAGCACCAUCUGAGAUUAAAGCACAGUAACUGUUGCUAAAACAUUUGGCUCAAUUUCUAUGUGAGAUAAGUAGCUCUGUAAAUCAAAUACUAUUGGAUGGAUUUGUCAUAGCUAUAGAAUAUGUCCUCUGAUGUAUUCUUGGUGUGCUACAAUAAAGCCUGCAGAAUGUUUACUUCUUUUCAAAGCUAUGUUAUUGUAUUAAUGUGCUUCUAUUAAAAAUUUGACUUCUUGUUUAGUUGUC